AUGUUGUUGUGCCUCCUUCUCAUCCUCCCUGCCCACUCUGGGGCUCAGCGAUCAGAGCCCAUGUUCUCAGCUAUAACCAAGACCGUCCUUCCUCCGGACUACGACAACAACCCCACCCAGCUCAACUACGGCGUGGCUGUCACCGACAUAGAUGGAGGCGGAGACUUGGAGAUAUUUGUAGCAGGCUACAAUGGUCCAAACCUGGUGCUAAAGUAUGACAAGGAGAGUAAAAGGCUUGUCAACAUCGCUGUUGACGACCGCAGUUCCCCAUUUUACGCCCUGAGAGACCGUCAAGGCAACGCCAUUGGAGUGACAGCGUGUGACAUAGAUGGGGACGGGCGGGAGGAGAUUUAUGUACUUAACACCAAUAAUGCUUUCUCUGGUCGGGCAACAUAUUCUGACAAGCUGUUUAAGUUUCGCAAUGGACGCUUUGAGGAUCUGCUGAAUGACGACAUCAACGAGCACCGAGACGUAUCCAACCCGAUGGCUGGGCGCUCAGUGGCGUGUGUGGACAGGAAGGGUACAGGCCGGUAUGCAAUCUACAUUGCCAACUAUGCCAGUGGAAGUGUGGGUCCUCACGCUCUGAUAGAAGUAGAUGAGGCAGCCAGUGACCUGUCACACGGUGUCGUCGCACUCUCCAACGUGGCAGAGCAAGCUGGAGUCGACAAGUUAAUUGGGGGGCGAGGUGUCGUGGUGGGGCCUAUUGUCAGUCAGACUCUGUCGGAUGUUUUCUGCGACAAUGAGUACGGCUCUAACUUCCUGUUUAAGAACAAUGGAGAUGGGACUUUUACUGACAUGGCACAGCAGGCUGGUGUGGAAGACCCCAUGCAGCAUGGCAGAGGGGUGACUCUGGGAGACUUCAACCGUGACGGCAGGACUGACAUUGUCUACGGAAACUGGAACGGACCUCAUCGUCUGUAUAUUCAGCUAAACAACCGCAAACAGAGAUUCAAGGACAUCGCCUCUCAGAAGUUUUCCAUGCCGUCCCCAGUACGAACUGUUAUUGCUGCAGACUUUGAUAACGACAACGAGCUGGAGGUCUUCUUCAAUAACAUCGCCUACAGGGGGCCCUCGGCCAACAGGCUCUUUAGGGUGAGCAGGAGAGAACAUGGAGACCCCCAGAUAGAAGAGCUCAAUAUCGGGGAGGCUGCAGAGCCCGAAGGACGAGGAACUGGAGCUGUAGCUACAGAUUUUGAUGGUGAUGGACAUCUGGAACUGAUCGUGUCUCAUGGUGAAAGUGCAGCUCAGCCUCUCUCUGUCUACAAAGUCAACCAGGGCCAAACUAACUCCUGGCUGCGAGUAAUUCCCCGUACCAAGUUUGGGGCUUUUGCCAGAGGAGCUAAAGUGGUGGUUUACACAAAGAAGAGCGGCCCACACACAAGGAUUAUUGAUGGUGGUUCAGGGUACCUGUGUGAGAUGGAGCCUGUUGCCCACUUUGGUCUUGGUAAGGAUAUUGCCACAAAUGUCGAGGUGUACUGGCCUGAUGGACGCUCUAUAGCCCGUCCCCUGGUGUCCUCAGAGAUCAACUCAGUUCUGGAGAUCCACUAUCCAAGAGAUGAAGAUGAAGUUACUCCUACUGUGAAAAUAGAGUGUGGUCAUGGAUUUUCUUUGAAUGAGCAUGGGCGUUGCACAGAUAAAGAUGAAUGUACCCAGUUCCCCUCUGUGUGCCCCUCCGACCGCCCGGUGUGCACCAACACCCACGGCAGCUAUAAGUGCCGUGCCAAAAGGAAAUGCAACCAAGGCUUUGAGCCCAAGGAUGACGGGUCAACCUGUGUGGCUCAGGUGGCUUACUUUGGUGUAACGCGGUCUUCAGGGGAUCGCGAUGCUUUCCACUCGCUUUCUUUCUCUAUUCUGCUCAUCUCUACGCAGCUGCAGACAGGACUGCUGUAG